AUGCUGGAUUAUGACGAACUUGAACAAGAUCUGUAUGAUCACCUCGGCUACGACUCCCAUGAUGAGAUCCGUUGGGGGCACAGUACCCCUUCCCAGUCGCGUUCAAACCCGGCCGCUCUUCUGGCUAUGCAACAUGCUUCGUCGGGCCAGACCAGCUUUGGUUCUCGCCCUACCUCCGCUGAUACUUCUCCAAUUAUGACUGCACACUUCGCUAUCGUGUAA